AAAGGCUCCUUCUUCAGCAUUUACAGCCUCACACCUCACCCUCACCCUCCCACUACUCUAUGCUCCUAUACUAUCUCCGCGUAGAUCGUGCACAUAAUCGAUCACCUUCUAUCCAUCCCAAUUCCUAUAACAGUCGUUCCUAGAGACAGCUUCUAGCACCGCAGAUUGGGAUCGAGCAGCAUAAUCAUAUUCCACCCGCGGGUCUCGAAGCAGAGCUUCUUCACCCCGCGUUGCCGCCAUGGCAGACUCGAAUGGUGCGACAGGCACCUAUGCGAAUAAUAUAACACCGGAUCAUUCUAAUCACCUCGAUACUACAAUCGAAUCCGGCACCUUCGACGAGAAGACCGGCCAUCUCAACUCUUACCCUCCCCCACCUCGGAAACAAGUCGAGGAGGAAGAAGAUGACGAGGAUAUGGAUGCUCUGAUCGACGAGCUUGAGUCACAGGAUGGUCAUAUCGACGAUGAGGAAGCGGACAGCGAGCAUGCCCAGCCAGGUGCAGGACGAACCAUACCCGAGGAGCAACUACAAACAGACACAAGCACGGGUUUGACAGAGAUUGAGGUCCUUACUCGCCGUAAGAAAUAUGGAAUGAAUCAAAUGAAAGAAGAGAAGGAGAAUUUGAUCCUCAAAUUCUUUGGAUACUUUGUUGGUCCCAUCCAAUUUGUUAUGGAGGCUGCCGCUGUCCUUGCUGCAGGUCUCAAAGACUGGGUCGAUUUCGGUGUUAUCUGUGCACUGCUUCUCCUCAAUGCCGCUGUUGGUUUUAUUCAGGAAUUCCAGGCCGGCUCAAUUGUCGACGAAUUGAAGAAAACUCUCGCCUUGAAGGCUGUUGUUCUCCGUGAUGGUCAACUAUACGAGAUUGAGGCUCCAGAAGUCGUUCCUGGUGAUAUCCUACAAAUUGAAGAGGGCACUAUCAUUCCCGCUGACGGUCGCAUUGUCACCGAUGAUGCUUUUCUCCAAGUCGAUCAAUCUGCUAUCACUGGCGAGUCCCUUGCCGUUGACAAGCAUAAGGGUGAUCAAUGUUUCGCUUCCUCUGGUGUCAAACGUGGUGAGGCCUUCAUGGUCAUCACAGCUACUGGUGACAACACGUUCGUCGGUCGUGCCGCUGCUCUUGUCAACAAGGCUUCUGGUGGUACUGGUCAUUUCACUGAAGUUUUGAAUGGCAUUGGUACGGUCCUCCUGAUCUUGGUCAUCUUCACCAACUUGAUCGUCUGGGUUUCAUCCUUCUAUCGUUCCAACCCAAUUGUCACUAUUCUUGAGUAUACCUUGGCUAUCACUAUCAUCGGUGUUCCCGUCGGUCUGCCAGCUGUCGUUACUACCACCAUGGCUGUGGGUGCUGCCUAUCUCGCCAAGAAGAAGGCAAUCGUUCAAAAGCUUUCUGCCAUCGAAUCUUUGGCUGGUGUCGAAAUUCUCUGCUCGGACAAGACUGGUACUCUGACCAAAAACAAGCUGUCUCUUGCCGAGCCUUUUACCGUUCCAGGUGUCGAGCCUGAUGAUCUUAUGUUGACCGCCUGUCUUGCUGCCUCUCGCAAGAAGAAGGGUAUUGAUGCCAUCGACAAGGCUUUCCUCAAAGCUCUCCGUUACUAUCCUCGCGCUAAGUCUGUUCUGUCCAAGUAUAGGGUUAUUGAGUUCCACCCCUUCGAUCCCGUCUCGAAGAAAGUUCAAGCUGUCGUCGAAUCACCCCAAGGUGAACGCAUUGUCUGUGUUAAGGGUGCACCACUUUUCGUCUUGAAGACUGUCGAGGAAGAUCAUCCUAUCCCUGAGGAUAUCGAUCAAGCUUACAAGAACAAGGUUGCUGAAUUUGCUACUCGUGGUUUCCGUUCUCUUGGUGUUGCACGCAAGCGUGGUGAAGGACAAUGGGAGAUUCUGGGAAUCAUGCCUUGCUCCGACCCUCCUCGUCAUGAUACCGCCCGCACUAUCAACGAAGCCAAGACUCUCGGUCUCUCCAUCAAGAUGUUGACUGGUGAUGCCGUUGGUAUCGCUCGUGAGACUUCUCGUCAACUCGGUCUUGGUACUAAUGUCUACAACGCUGAACGUCUUGGUCUUGGUGGUGGUGGAGAUAUGCCAGGUUCUGAGGUCUAUGAUUUUGUCGAGGCCGCUGAUGGAUUCGCUGAAGUCUUCCCACAACACAAGUACAAUGUCGUCGAGAUUCUCCAACAACGUGGCUACCUCGUGGCUAUGACUGGUGACGGUGUCAACGAUGCCCCAUCUCUCAAGAAGGCCGACACCGGUAUUGCUGUCGAGGGUGCUUCGGAUGCUGCUCGUUCUGCCGCUGACAUUGUUUUCUUGGCUCCUGGUCUUGGUGCUAUCAUUGACGCUCUCAAAACCUCCAGACAAAUCUUCCACCGCAUGUACGCUUACGUUGUCUACCGUAUCGCCUUGUCCAUUCACUUGGAAAUCUUCCUUGGUCUCUGGAUUGCCAUCCUGAAUCGUUCUCUCAACAUCGAAUUGGUUGUCUUCAUUGCCAUCUUUGCCGAUGUCGCUACCCUGGCAAUCGCCUACGACAAUGCACCAUUUUCCAAGACUCCUGUCAAGUGGAAUCUUCCAAAGCUCUGGGGUAUGUCUGUUCUCCUUGGCAUCGUUCUUGCUGUCGGAACCUGGAUCACUCUCACUACCAUGAUUGCCCGCGGCCAAGAUGGUGGUAUCGUUCAAAACUUCGGUACAAUGGAUGCCGUUCUCUUCCUGGAAAUCUCUCUGACUGAGAAUUGGCUUAUCUUCAUCACCCGUGCCAAUGGUCCUUUCUGGUCUUCCCUUCCCUCGUGGCAGUUGGCAGGUGCCAUCUUAGUCGUCGAUAUCAUCGCAACCUUCUUCACCCUCUUCGGUUGGUUCCUUGGUGGUCAUCAAACUUCGAUCGUUGCCGUCGUCCGAAUCUGGGUCUUCUCUUUCGGUAUUUUCUGCAUCAUGGGAGGUCUUUACUACCUGCUCCAGGAUAGUAUUGGCUUUGACAACCUAAUGCACGGAAAGUCAUUGAAGAAGAACCAGAAGCAACGAUCUCUUGAAGAUUUCGUUGUCUCGCUCCAACGUGUUUCCACACAACAUGAGAAGUCAGCAUAAAUAAAAAUCAUCAUAUCAAGCGUUAUUGAAGCUUGGGGUUGGGGCGUCUUUUGAGGAAUGGUGCCUUACUAUUGUUUUUAUCACAUUGCUCUGUACAAAUUUUCCGGCGACUUGGUGGCAGUCUCUCCAUAUCGAGUUCCCCUUAGUUGUCCAUUCUACUCCGAAGUUCAGACUGCAGGAACGGGGAAGUGUUCAUGCAGACUGUUGAUCGAGGUAAUGGCGGCUGCGUUUCGAGGGGAAAGAAGACAGGUGCUAGACUGUUGACUGAGUUGCCUUUUUCAUUUCUGUUUUUAGUCACGGCAGGGCAUACCCAGGCGUUUUGGCAGCUGCUUAUAACUAGACAUUAAAAGUAAUUACAUUAGACUCUGUAAUUUCAUUGCUUGUAAGGUGU